AUGUACCCCGUCAAGAUCCAGCUCUCGGCUUUUAUCCUCCUAGUCCUUGGCUCGGCCCUGGUCGAGUAUUCGGCGGCCGCCCCGACCGCGCCAAGCGAUGCCAAGUCCGGCCUCCAGGCGCCGGCCGGCCAUCAUGAGCGGGAAUCCCAGCGCGUGCGGGCGCGAUCGUUCGAUCCGGACCUGUUGACCGGCGACAGCACUCCCGCAACAUUCCCCUCGCAAGCCAACACGCCCUCGUCCUCCGGCCUCCUGACCAACACGCCGCCCGGAUCGGGCGUCAUCAAUGGCGACGCCAGGAAGCUGCUCAGCUACCAGGCGGCCCCCAAGACCUCCUUCCAGCCCCGCCGGUUCCAGGACAGCUCGACGGCAGAGGACGCCAACCAGUUCCUCGUCUCUCCCCCCUCCGACCCGCCCACUCUACACAGGCGUCACCUUCUCACCGCCGCCCCCACUACCUCCGAUGAAGCCAGCGACCAGCAGCUCCCCAACCGUAGCCGCAUCCACUGA